UGGUCCAGUUUGUGUACCGCCACUGUUCUUUCAGAACUCCCCUUUCUUUCACACUCGCUACCUUGGCAUCGUAACGUUACUGUCUCACGCACCAGUGCUACCGAGCUAGGCUAUCAGCUAGUCUUCCGAUAUUGUAGCUGAGACGCACCGGCUCCAACAACAUUACGGUGUUGUAUUGAGUCAUAACUCUCCAUAAAUUUAAGACAAAGAGCUGUUUCUAAUUGAAGGAACUGAAAUAUAGAUCUUCAAUAAACUAAUUGAAGAUGAUUAAGCUCUUUUCUCUGAAGCAGCAGAAGAAAGACGAGGAAUCUGCUGGAGGAAACAGAACAGGAGCCGGGGGUAAAAAAGCAAGCGCGGCCCAGCUUCGAAUACAGAAAGACAUCAAUGAACUGAACCUCCCAAAGACGUGCGAGAUCGUCUUCCCCGACCAAGAUGAUCUGCUCAACUUCAAACUCAUCAUCUCACCAGACGAGGGCUUUUACAAAGGGGGAAAGUUUGUCUUCAGCUUUAAGGUAGGACAGGGCUACCCUCAUGACCCCCCGAAGGUCAAGUGUGAGACAAUGGUGUACCACCCGAACAUUGACCUGGAGGGCAAUGUCUGCCUAAAUAUCUUGAGAGAGGACUGGAAGCCUGUGUUGACAGUGAACUCCAUCAUAUAUGGACUACAGUAUCUAUUUCUAGAGCCAAAUCCAGAGGACCCUUUGAACAAAGAGGCGGCGGAGGUCCUGCAGACGAACCGACGGCUCUUUGAGCAGAAUGUCCAGCGGUCGCUGCGGGGGGGUUAUGUGGGUGCCACGUAUUUUGAGCGGUGUCUCAAAUAGCUCCUAGCCCAUGUCGCUUUUUUUUUCUUUUUUUUUCCCAAGAUGCAUUACCGUUUACACCUGAGACACUGACUGACACACAGACUUGAGUGGUCGGGGAGGGAGUGGGUCCAUGGG